AUGUCAAGCUUAAAAGUAAAAAUCAAGAUCAAAUUAUCAGUCAGUAAGGAACAAGUUGGCAUUGGGAUCUCAGCUAACACCAUAUUUCUUCUUUUUCACAUUCUCACAUUCUUUCUCAAGCACAGGCCCAACUCCACUGACCUGAUCAUCAGUCACUUGGCUCCAGUUCAUAUAGUAAUGCUGCUAGCUCUGGUGUUGGUGGUUACAGACAUUUUUGGGUCUCAGGAAUUUUGUAACGAUAUCAAAUGUAAAUCAGUUAUCUACUUGUACAGGUUUAUGAGGGGUCUCUCCAUUUGUAUCACCUGCUUGCUGAGUGUUCUCCAGGCCAUCACCUUCAGCCCCAGAAUCUUCUGUUUGGCAAAGUUCAAACAUAAAUCCUCAAGUCACAACCUGUAUUUUUUUCUCUCAUGGGUCUUCAAUAUGCUCAUUCGUGGGCACAUCUUAGUCUCCACUGGUAACCCCAAUGUGACCUCAGACCGUCUUAUGUUUGUCACUGAAUCCUGCUCUCUUUGGUAAAUGAGUUACUUCCUAAGGCACAUAUUUUUCACACUUGUAACUUUCCAGGAUGUUUCCUCUGUUUGA